AACCGUAGUUGUGAACUUCUUCCUUUGCCUGUAUGCAUAUCAAGAACAGGUAGAGAAAGAAAGAAAGAAGAGUGAUACUGAAUGGCAAUAGAAUAUGUAUGCUGUGGAACUGGGUUCUUUAUCCAUAUUGCUGUUGUUGUUUUUCUAGUGUUGUUUGCUGGUUUGAUGUCUGGACUCACCUUAGGACUCAUGUCCAUGAGCCUUGUUGAUCUUGAGGUCCUUGCCAAGUCCGGAACGCCUAGUGAUCGAAAACACGCAACAAAGAUAUUGCCAGUAGUGAAAAGGCAGCAUCUGCUACUCUGCACGUUAUUGAUCUGUAAUGCAGCAGCCAUGGAGACACUGCCCAUAUUUUUGGAUGGUUUAAUUACAGCUUGGGGUGCUAUUCUUAUUUCUGUGACCUUGAUACUUUUGUUUGGCGAGAUUUUACCCCAGGCUGUUUGUUCUCGGUAUGGUUUGGCAAUUGGUGCAACAGUAGCUCCAAUUGUCCGAGUUCUGGUUUGCAUUUGCUUCCCUAUUGCAUAUCCGAUAAGCAAGCUACUAGACUAUUUGUUGGGAGAUGAACAUGAACCUCUUUUCCGCAGAGCUGAGCUGAAGACGCUUGUAGAUUUGCAUGGAAAUGAGGCUGGAAAAGGUGGAGAAUUGACACGUGAUGAGACGAUGAUCAUUGCAGGAGCACUUGAGCUCACUGAGAAAACUGCAAAAGAUGCAAUGACACCCAUAUCUGAAACUUUUUCUAUUGAUAUAAACGCUAAACUUGACAGUGCUCUGAUGAGGUUCAUUUUAGAGUCGGGGCAUAGCAGAGUGCCUGUUUAUCAUGAGAAUCCUAGAAACGUAAUCGGACUUGUAUUGGUGAAGAACUUGCUAACUAUUCAUCCAGAUGAUGAAAUUCCUGUAAAGAAUGUCACUAUUCGCAAAAUCCCAAGGGUUUCAGAGACAAUGCCUCUUUAUGACAUACUAAAUGAGUUCCAGAAAGGUCAUAGCCACAUGGCUGCUGUCAUAAGGCAGAACGGUGAGGCAGAGCAAUUGCAUGGCAAAGGAACAGCUCCAGUGAGAGAUGUGAAGGUGGACAUUGAUGGAGAAAGUCAUACACAGAUGAAAAGUAUUAAGAGCAAUAGAUCAGUGAAGAAGCUGAAGAGUUUUCCUAUAGAGGUAAAUCUGCAAAGAGGAGCGUCUAAGAGUAAGAGAUGGGCAAAUGGAGUACAUUCAGAGGUCCUGCGCAUCGAUGAGAACCCACUAGUCGGGCUCAGUGAAGAAGGGGAGGCUAUUGGAAUUAUAACACUAGAAGAUGUCAUAGAGGAGCUGUUACAAGAGGAGAUCUUUGAUGAGACGGAUUACCGUGAUGGGCAUCAUUCAUUCCAAAAGAAAAUUUAAACCGUAGUCAAGAGCCAAGCCAAAAUAUUUAGAAGCUGAAACCAGCAGAAGCUAGAUUCAGAUACAAGAUGAAAAUAGCAAACAGUAAUCUACUUGUUUUUGUCAUUGUUAGCAACUGUAAGGACAGUGUAAAAAACAUUAAGAGCUACAACAAUCUCCAGCAAGAUUGAUUUAACUUUAUCAGAAGUAGGGAUAGACAUCAAUAUACUCGGGCAUAAAUCCUUAUAUUAUUGGUUGGAUCAA